AUGACCGUCGUCAACGUCGUCAGGGGCGAGGUCGAGGAGGUCCUGCCUGCCGAAACAUAUGCGCCUCUCUCGGACAAGACACUUGUCGCCUCAGCGCACUUCAACGCUACUAGCGAGGUCGUCGCCAUCGAUCUGGACACGGGCUUGUGGGAGUCGAUCACCCCUGAGGACGAUGUCAGCCAGAUCCACAUCAAUGAUCCAUCGAGCAGCAAGAUUGUCCGCAAGUCUGUCAACCACGGCAUAUCUGACAAGUGGAUCGCUCGUCCCGAGGCACUCAGCAUCCGAGCCAGCGUGACUGCGCCCGCGCGCGACAUUCACGGGUCCCUGUGGGCUCCCAAGAACCCAGAGUACGUGACUGAUGAGGAUACACUUCCGCCUCUCAUUAUUGUCACGCACGGAGGGGCUGUCGAUGUGUCCGACAUCUGUGACCUGGACAGCUUCAACGCUGGAACGCACAAGUUGGAGUUCAAAUACACAGACGCGCUCGCCAUCUCGGAGCUCAACAUGCCUGAGGCGGAUAAGAAGAAGCGAUACACUGAGCGGAGCGUGUUGUAUCACGUCACCCAGGUCGCGGCACCACUUCUGAUUCUACAUGGCAAAUGCGACACGGUCGUACACAUGAAUCAGGCAAUAGACAUGGGAGAGGCGAUGAAGAUGAGGGCCAAGGACAUGGCGCUGGUGAAAGUAGACCACGACGGUCACAUGCUCGACAAGCCCGCCAGUGCCAAGAUCUGGCUGGAUGACGAAGAGGUGGCGGAGGAAAACACUGCUGUAAUUGUUGUGUACUGCUAG